CGAUCCAUCAAUUCUGCUUUUCGCUUGUGUGCAGAUAGACGUCCGCCUUUUUAUCCCCCCUGCUGGAAGAUAAACCGGCUCAGGAGUCGCCGUUUUUCAAUCACAGUCCAUCCGGCGGAGGAUACCGCUAUAAUGGGUGUUUUUAACGGAACCGGACUUUAUAGCAGUUUUCGUGCGCGCAGCUUCUGAUAGAAAAAAAAAACAACCCGUCUUGACGCCCGUUAGCUAGCGUUUAGUUCUCGCCACUGUCCGGUGGUGUCGGUGCUGGUUUCGGUGAGAGUCCCCUCAAACGAGGGAUAUUUAAGGAAUCUUACUGGGAGACGGUCCUUAAACCGCAAACAUGUCUGGGGCGUCUGUAAAAGUCGCUGUUCGAGUUCGGCCCUUCAACUCCAGGGAGACGAGCAAGGACUCAAAAUGUAUCAUUCAGAUGCAAGGCAACACUACAACUAUCCUCAACCCCAAAGCCCCAAAGGAACCAGCAAAGACCUUCAGUUUUGAUUACUCCUACUGGUCACACACCACGCCAGAAGACCCAUGCUUCGCAUCACAGAACCUUGUGUACAAUGACAUUGGCAAGGAAAUGCUGGAGCAUGCUUUUGAGGGCUAUAACGUCUGCAUCUUUGCAUAUGGCCAGACAGGAGCUGGCAAAUCCUACACUAUGAUGGGCAAGCAGGAGGAAGGGCAGGAAGGAAUCAUUCCCAUGCUAUGUGAAGAUCUCUUUGAGAAAAUCAAUGAGGACAGCAACAAAGAGGAGCUCUCCUACUCAGUAGAGGUCAGUUACAUGGAGAUCUAUUGCGAGCGAGUCCGAGAUUUGCUCAAUCCUAAGAACAAAGGGAAUCUGCGAGUCCGAGAACACCCGCUACUGGGUCCCUACGUAGAGGACCUGUCCAAGCUAGCUGUCACCUCCUACACAGACAUCGCUGACCUGAUGGAUGCAGGCAACAAGGCCAGAACUGUGGCUGCCACCAACAUGAAUGAGACCAGCAGCAGGUCCCAUGCAGUUUUCACCAUCGUCUUCACACAGAGGAAACACGACAGCGAGACAGAUCUCUCAACGGAAAAGGUCAGUAAAAUUAGUCUGGUAGACUUGGCAGGGAGUGAACGAGCAGAUUCCACUGGAGCUAAAGGUACCAGGCUAAAGGAGGGAGCAAACAUCAACAAAUCUCUCACCACUUUAGGAAAGGUUAUCUCUGCCCUGGCUGAAGUGGACAACUGUACCAGCAAGAGCAAGAAGAAGAAGAAGACUGACUUCAUCCCAUACAGAGACUCUGUUCUGACGUGGCUGCUGAGGGAGAACCUCGGUGGAAACUCCAGAACAGCUAUGGUAGCUGCCCUCAGUCCUGCAGAUAUCAACUAUGAUGAAACCCUCAGCACACUCCGUUAUGCUGACCGAGCCAAGAACAUCAAGUGCAAUGCUGUCAUCAAUGAGGAUCCCAACAAUAAGUUGGUGCGUGAGCUGAAGGAUGAAGUGGCUCGACUGAAGGAGCUGCUCCGUGCCCAGGGCCUGGGCGACAUCCUGGACAUUGAUCCUAUGGGGGAUGAUUGCCCAGGAAGUGGAAUCAAAUACCUCAAAGACAUUCAGAACAAUAAGCAUAGAUACUUGAUAGCCUCAGAGAACCAACGCCCUGGCCAUUUCUCCACAGCCCCUAUUGGUUCCCUGACAGCCUCUCCAUCCUCUGGCUCACUAAGCAGCCAGGGAGGCCUGCAGUCAGUCACCAGCAUCCAAGAGCGCAUCAUGUCCACACCUGGAGGAGAGGAGGCCAUUGAAAGACUCAAGGAAUCAGAAAAGAUCAUCGCAGAACUCAAUGAAACCUGGGAAGAGAAACUGCGAAAGACUGAAGCAAUCCGCAUGGAAAGAGAGGCUUUGCUUGCAGAGAUGGGUGUGGCCAUACGUGAAGAUGGAGGCACUUUGGGUGUAUUUUCUCCUAAAAAGACUCCACAUUUGGUUAACCUAAAUGAGGAUCCUCUGAUGUCAGAGUGUCUGCUCUACUACAUCAAAGACGGAAUUACAAGGGUGGGUCAGGCCGAUGCUGAGAGAAGACAGGACAUCGUUUUAAGUGGUGCUCACAUCAGAGAAGAACACUGCAUUUUCCGCAGCGAAAGGAAUGCCAACGGAGAUGUCAUUGUUAUGCUGGUGCCCUGCGAGGGAUCAGAAACCUACGUCAACGGCAAGCGUGUUGAGGAUGCAAUCCAGCUUCGUUCAGGCAACCGUAUCAUUAUGGGAAAGAACCACGUGUUCCGGUUCAACCACCCAGAGCAAGCCAGAGCUGAAAGAGAGAAGACACCGUCCGCCGAAACCCCUGUGGAGCCGGUGGAUUGGACGUUUGCUCAGAGAGAGCUCCUGGAAAAACAGGGUAUUGACAUGAAGCAGGAAAUGGAGAAAAGACUCACUGAGAUGGAAAUCUUGUACAAAAAAGAGAAGGAAGAAGCAGAUCAACUUCUGGAGCAGCAGCGGCUGGUUUACGAGAGCAAAUUGCAGGAACUCCAGAAACAGGUGGAGACUCGUUCUCUGGUAGCCGAAACACCUGACGAAGAAGAACUGGAGGAAGAAGAAGAAGAAGAAGAGCCUAAACUUCUUGGAUUGCCGUGGACUCAGCAUGAGUUUGAGCUGGCUCAGUGGGCGUUCAGGAAGUGGAGGUACCAUCAGUUCACCUCCCUCCGUGACCAGCUGUGGGGGAACGCGGUGUAUCUGAAGGAGGCUAAUGCGAUUAGCGUGGAGCUAAAGAAGAAAGUCCAGUUCCAGUUCGUCUUGCUGACAGACACGCUGUACUCUCCUUUGCCUCCUGAACUUCUCUCGCCUGAGCCAGAGAAAGAGCGUGACCCCAGACCUUUCCCUCGCACCGUGGUGGCCGUAGAGGUUCAAGAUCUGAAGAAUGGAGCUACACACUACUGGUCCCUUGAAAAACUCAAGCAGCGGCUGGACCAGAUGAGGGAGAUGUAUGACCGCGCUGGAGAGAUGGCCUCCACUCACCAGGAGGACGGCGAAGGCACUCUGACAGGAAACGACCCCUUUUAUGACCGAUUCCACUGGUUCAAACUCGUCGGGAGCUCCCCCAUCUUCCACGGUUGCGUUAAUGAGCACCUGGCCGACCGCACUCCCUCACCCACGUUCUCCACCACCGACUCUGAGAUCACGGAGCUGGCGGACGAACGCCAGAGCGAGAUGUCCGACCUGAUCGACGACGAGGCGUUUGUGGACGACACCAGCUCGGACGCCGGCACCGAGGAGGGUUCGGACAUCUUCAGCGACGGCCAGGACCCCUUCUACGACCGCUCCCCUUGGUUCAUCCUGGUGGGAAGAGCUUUCGUGUACCUGAGCAACCUGCUGUACCCUGUACCACUGGUUCACCGUGUUGCCAUAGUAACGGAGAAGGGCGAGGUGCGUGGUUUCCUGCGCGUGGGGGUCCAGGCUAUAGCUGCUGACGAAGAGGCUCCAGACUACGGGUCAGGAGUUAGACAGUCAGGAACCGCCAAGAUUUCCUUUGAUGAUGAAUACUUCAAAAAGAACGACUUCCCCUCUACGGUUAUGACCCGCUCCGGCAUGUCCCUGGAAGAGCUUCGCAUUGUGGAGGGCCAGGGUCAGAGUUCAGAGGUCAUCACACCCUCGGAGGAGCUCAACAGAAUCAAUGACAUGGACCUCAAGCUGGGAAACAUCGCAGACACCAAGCUGAGUCAUGGCGACGGGCUGGCAGGCCAGCUGGAGGUGGGCAGCAUCUUCACCUUCCGUGUCACUGUGCUCCAGGCUAACGGCAUUCCGCCUGAGUAUGCUGACAUCUUCUGCCAAUUCAAUUUCCUGCAUCGUCACGAUGAGGCUUUUUCCACCGAGCCUCUGAAAAACGCCGGCAAAGGAGCUCCUCUGGGCUUUUACCACGUCCAGAAUAUUUCAGUGGAGGUCACGGAGUCCUUUAUUGAGUACAUCAAGAGCAAACCCAUUGUGUUUGAAGUGUUUGGCCACUACCAGCAGCACCCACUGCAUCUUUAUGGCCAGGACCUGAUCAGUCCUCCAACGCCAUCGAGGAAAUACUACCCUAUUCCCAUGCCUCUGUCUAAACCAGUUCCAGCCACCAAGUUGAACACCAUCACCAAGUCCAACCUGGGUCAGUGUGUCAGCAAGUAUGACCUGCUGGUGUGGUUUGAGAUCAGUGAGCUGGAGCCCACUGGAGAGUACAUCCCAGCUGUAGUGGAUCACAGUGGAGGACUUCCCUGCCAUGGCACCUACCUGCUGCACCAGGGGAUCCAGCGGAGGAUCACAGUGACUCUCAUCCAUGAGAAGGGUAGCGAGCUCCACUGGAAGGACGUUCGCGAGCUGGUUGUGGGUCGUAUUAGGAACAAGGCUGAAGUGGAUGAUAGCGCAGCAGAUGCUGUCCUGUCCCUUAACAUCAUUUCUGCCAAGAACAUCAAGUCAUCCCACAACACCAACAGGCUUUCUAUUGAUAAGGAUAUUGAUAGGACUUUCUAUCGCUUCGAGGCAGUGUGGGACAGCUCCCUGCACAACUCCCUCCUGCUAAACCGAGUCACUCCUUAUGGAGAGAAGAUCUACAUGACCUUGUCUGCAUAUCUGGAGCUGGACCACUGCAUCCAGCCUGCUAUUAUUACCAAAGACAUCUGCAUGGUCUUCUACUCCCGAGAUGCCAAGAUCUCCCCUCCUCGUUCUCUCAGGAACCUCUUUGGAAGUGGAUACUCCAAAACUCCUGACUGCAACCGAGUCACGGGCAUCUACGAGCUGAGCUUGUGCAAGAUGUCUGACACCGGAAGUCCAGGGAUGCAGCGUAGGAGGAGGAAGAUCCUGGACACAUCAGUGGCUUAUGUGCGAGGAGAGGAGAACCUGGCCGGGUGGAGGCCUAGAGGAGACAGCCUAAUCCUGGAGCACCAAUGGGAGCUGGAGAAAAUGGAGCAGCUGCAUGAGGUGGAGAAGACCCGUCACCUCCUCCUGCUGAGGGAGAAGCUUGGAGAGGCGGCUCCAGUGGGAACAGCUCCGACCACCAAGUCCCUGAGCGAGUCUCUGUCGCCCAGCAUGAGCUCAGGCACCCUGUCCACCUCCACCUCCAUCUCCUCACAGAUCUCCAGCACCACCUUUGAAAGCGCCAUCACGCCCAGCGAGAGCAGCGGCUACGACUCGGCCGACAUCGAGAGCCUGGUGGAUCGUGAGAAGGAGCUGGCUACGAAGUGCUUGCGCCUCCUGACACACACCUUCAACAGUGAAUACAACGAGGUGGUCAACAGUAUCAGUGACUGCAAACUCUCUGACAUCUCACCCAUUGGACGUGACACAUCAGUGACCAGCUUCAGCAGCGCCACCCUCACCCCCUCUUCAACCUGCCCCUCUCUGUCCGACUCCCGCUGUGGCUCCAUAGACCAGAAGACCCCAGAGACCAGCUCUCGUGCCUCCAGUCCCUCCUGCUCAGACUAUGAAAACUUCCCGAUGGUUCCCACUCUGGAGACGUCCUACCUUGCACGGGCUGGAAAGAACGAGUUCCUCAACUUGGUGCCUGAUAUUGAAGAAAUGAGGCCAGGAUCUGUUGUGUCCAAGAAGGGUUUCCUGAGCUUCAUGGAGCCACGCUCGAACUCGUGGGUGAAGCACUUUGUGGUCGUUCGCCGACCCUACGUCUUCAUCUACAACAGUGACAAGGACCCAGUGGAGCGAGGUGUCCUCAACCUCUCCACAGCGCAGGUGGAAUACAGCGAAGACCAGCAGGCCAUGCUCAAGACUCCCAACACGUUUGCUGUGUGCACAAAGCAUCGAGGAAUCCUCCUGCAGGCCAACAAUGAAAAAGACAUGAACGACUGGCUGUACGCCUUUAAUCCUCUGCUAGCAGGAACGAUAAGAUCUAAGCUGGCGAGGAGGCGCAGCGGCCUGCCGAAGAACUGAGUGAGUCGAAUGGCACACAGGAAACCAACGGCUUCCAUUGUUUCUGAAAAGCCUUUGAACAUACCAAGUGUUAACACUUAUUAAUCAUUGUGAUUCUUGACGGUUUUCUCUUGUAAGUAGACUUGUGGCUUAAGUCUCCUUUCAUGCGACUAAAAAGUUUCAGUUCCAGACAAAUUUGCCUCCCCCUUCCCCUCCACCACCCUCUGCUGACUUCGCUCUCCUCCUCUCUAUUUCCUCCCCCUCAGCUUUUUGUGUUUUUGUUUUUAUGACAAUGUUUGGGUCUAAUUUUCGUCCCUCUUCCUCGUCAUUCCCGAACUCCCUAACUAGUAGCAUGUUGUAGUAGUCUACUUGUGUGUGCACGACUCUUCAGAAGCUGUUCUUUCUGGCCACUAAUUUUCAGUUUGCCAAUCAUCUGUAGAAAAAAAAUGUCUAUAUCAGUGUUACUUGUCUCCCAAAACAACGUUUAUUUUUGGGUUAUUGUUUUUUUUUUUUUUUAUAUAUAUAUAUAUAUAUAAUAUGCUGGCAUGUUAACUGCAGCAGUCCUCAGGAGAAGACCAACUUUAAUCACUGGAAAAAAUUGAAACAAAUCAGAGAGCUUACUGUUGAAAUCAUGAAGGGAAAAAGUACAAAUAUCUCCAAGUGAUGUAUUAGUUUAUGCUCUGCUACAUGAACUAUUGCUGCUAAUAAAUUUAUAGGGAUUUUUUUUCCUCUCAUCAUGAGAUUUGUAUCCGGCCGCUGCCUCUUCCUGAAGCAGACUCCCUCCCCGAACCGUCUCCUCAACAAAAACUCCAAAUUUGUCAGCGAGACAUGAGGGCAGGACUGGAUUUCUUUGUGAUAUUUAGAUCCCACUCCUCAGUCUGUGUACAUAACUCCAAAAAAACCCCAAUAGUGCCAGUGUCAGUCAGUUAGUCAGUGAGUACGCACUCUUGCAUUUGUGUCAACAUGGAAAAUUCACGCUAAAACGAGCAAAAAAUGUAAGAAGAUAAUUUCACAUCUCUGCGGAUUGUUCCUGCAGGAGUAGAUAUUUGUCGCUGUUGUUUUGCUUUUUCAUCUCAAGAAGAAAAAAAACAGGUUUUCAAGGAGAUUACAGAAUUGAGAGGAGGAAGAUGGACAGCGCUCUAAAGAGAGAAGUUCAUUUGUACAUACAGUCUGUUCUGGGAUCAGUGUGUUCUGGGAUCAGUGUGCUAGCUCGUUUAAGACAUUCCUAACUAACACGCCGAGACCUCCAGACAGCUGCGCUAACGUUUAACUUAACCUUCACGCACUUGAUAAAAAACUGGAGACGUAACAGAGGAAGAAGCAAGAAAGAGAACGAAGCAGGACAGAUCCAGAUUCAGUCGGUUAAAAACCUCCAAAACGAAGUGCAGCACCGCAGGUUGUUCGUUUUUCUAUUUGCGUUCUUGAAUUGAAACUCAUCUAACUCUCAUCGUGUUGACUUUUAUUUUUUAACUAUCAUUUUUCUCUCUUAUUCUUUUAAUCAUUCCUCAGUGAAGUUUUAUACAAAAUGCAACAGAGGGCAUUUAUUUCUUAGUUUGUGUUUAACCUUAUUUUGCACAUUAACACAUAUCUAUAGCAAAAGUGGACUAAAAGGCAGAUGGCAUGUGUUGAGUCAUCAGGAACAAAGACAGGAGCACAUAUCAGGGCUACACUGGAUGAUAGCUGAAAGAAAGAAGUGAUAUUAAAGGGACGACAUAUUCAAAGGUUUUAUUUCUGGUACUGUUCUCGAAAAUGUUUGCUCUGUGCUGCAGUUGGUGCCUCCGCUUCUACAAAUGGUGGAAAUGCGUGUUAGAAAAGUGCAGAUGGGCGUUCAUAAACUCUGGCCUGCCAACCAGCAGUGCGCCUACUGUGUCGUAAGAAAGGGAAAUUAAGGUUUAGUGUAGAAACAGAGGCACCUAUUGCCGGUUACAAGUGUUAAAGCGUAAUUUUUGGUGACUUAUCUUCAUUGUAAAGACAGAAAACUUUCACCUCAGAGCUGAAAAGAACAUAAAAUCGUAGGACCUCGCUGGCCUCAGGUCAACCAACCUGCUGGUCGGUGAAACAAAAACCUGCUUUAUCGCCAUUUUCUGUUCAAAUGUUUCGUCUGGAAGAAGAAAAAAAAACCAGACCAAAUAUCUAUGCACUGAUUAAAGCUCAAAGUGCAACAUACCUCACAUUAACCUCCAGAAAAACACCGAAUCAGAGCACACAUUUUCCCCUCAGUGACUAAUUUGCAGAGGUAUAUUAUUUUGGAUUGUGUAUUUAUUGUUUGCAAUGUACAUAUUAGUUUGCAGCUCUUUGCACAUAUUAAUAAAAGGUUCAACUAACUGAUCAAAUAAAGUCUGUGCGGUUUAGUUGUUCUGCUCAUAACGAACCAAAUGGUGGCAUGGCAGCCUCUUCCAGCCCGGGAGAGAGUUGAAUGUAAAGAUGUGUGUGUUUGUUUUCUUUCUCAUCACUGAAAAAAGGAAAAAAAGAGACCUAAAAUGUAACCCACUGCACCUUCUAACGGGAGGUGGGUUACAUUAGUGCUUCCUCUUUAUCGGAAAGUGAAUAUUUACUCAUCCUAACCAGCCGUCAGAAUUCUAUCACAUCAACAAAAAGGUGGUUUCUAACGCAUUUUAUUUCUUCUAAUAUCAGGGAAUAUAACACAAAGUAGCUAGCGACAUCUAAAAACGACAGUAUACUAUUGUUUGUGUCUUUCUUCACCUCAACACUUUAUUUUUUGUUUCCGUUGAUGCCUUUAACUAGCCGUGAUAUUUUUCCAUCUUCCCCCUUCUGACGAUUAAUAUCAGUUAACUCCCUUUUCCGAUUUGUUCACCAAAAGAAAAGGAAAACAAAAAGACAUGACAUUAACACUGUACAUUAUUUGUCAUACUGGUUUCAUUUUCAUACUUAUUUUGUAAAUAUCUGUGUUGUAUGGAGCUUGAACUAAAAUGUAAAUAUGUUUACUGUAUUUGUAAUAAUUAUAAUCCAUUCGCUGUAUAGCAUAGAUGUGUCAUGCAGAUAUCCUAAUUCUGUGUAUGGUAAUCUUGCACCAUUGAACUGUUUAGUGAAUGAGGCAACAAUAAAAAGUGCAAACUGUGCAUUA